GUGGAGAGCCGGCUAUUGAAUGCCACGCGCCAAUCGACCCGCGCUUUCGAUCGAAAAAUAACCGAACACAAAAAACAUAUUCCGGGUGUCCCUCAGGGGUGCAUAUUGGGUUCAGUGAAUUUCAAUUUGGACGCGAAUUAUAAUUGUGAGUUCCGUGAUUAAAGUGAAUUGUUUCGUGGUCCAUAUGCAGAUGCUGCAUAGCACGAUAUCAAAGUGAUGUGCACACAUCCAGUGAAAGUGUUAAGUGUAAAGUGUAAUAAAAUCAGUGUACAUGAGUGAUAAAGUGAUGAGUGAGAAGAUGACGAACAUUACACCAGAAACUAGGAUCAUGAUGAUGAGGUCCGAUGAUAGCAGGAAGGGAUAUAGGCGGCAGGUUCUUGCCGCCCUAGCAGUGUCCCUAGGCCCGUUCGCAGCGGGUCUGAGUAAGGGCUACCUCUCACCAGCCAUCGCUUCCAUGCAGGAGUCCAGGAUGCAUGGCUCCUUCACCGUGACGGAUCAGCAGGCAAGCUGGAUCGCUAGUUUGAGCUUAUUAGGAGCGCUAAUAGGCUGCAUCUUCGGCGGCAUGGCGAUGAGGCUUGGCAGACGUCGGGUGCUUCUCGCGAUAGCUCUACCCCAUACUGUGGCGUGGCUCGCCACUGCGCUGUCAACUAGUGUGGACAUGGUGUCUGUCACAUCGUUCUGUGGUGGCAUGAUUGUGUGCUGUAUUACUAUGAUUACGCAGGUAUACAUAACAGAAAUAGCCGUACCCGAAAUCCGAGGCUGCUUAAGCUCAGUACUAAAAAUCCUGAGCCAAAUCGGCAUCCUCAUAUCCUUCUCCCUUGGAGCCUAUUUGAAUUGGCACCAGCUCGCGUUAGUAGUAGCUGCAGCACCCGUACUUCUCUUCGUGGCCCUUCUAUUUGUCCCUGAAACACCAUCGUCCCUUCUCUUGAGAGGCAAAGAAGAAAAAGCCGCAGAAUCCUUACAAUGGCUACGAGGCCCAGAUGCAGAUAUACGUCAGGAAUUGGCAACAAUCAGAACCAACAUCUUAGCAAGCAAGCAGUUCAAUGAUGGAAAAGCAGGCAAACUCAAAGCGCUUUUGUCCAAACGUUUAACUAGACCCGUUCUGAUCACGUGUGGCUUGAUGUUCUUCCAAAGGUUCACAGGCGCGCAUGUGUUCAACUUCUACGCAGUUCCAAUGUUCAAAAAGACCUUCAGAAUGAUGAAUCCGCAUGGAGGAGCUAUUGCCACUAGUGUAGUUCAGCUCUUAGCGUCUUGUUUAUCUGGUAUGCUGAUUGACAACGUUGGUAGAUUGCCGUUAUUAAUGAUCAGCGGUGUUAUGAUGUCUAUAGCUUUGGCCGGAUUCGGAUCUUACGCGUAUUACGAAGAUGUCUUCAGAAAUUCAACAGAUCUGACGCAUGUAGAGCCAGGUUCAUACGACUGGAUACCUUUGCUCUGCGUUCUGACGUUUACAAUUGCUUUUUCUUUGGGAAUCAGUCCGAUAUCUUCACUACUUAUUGGGGAACUAUUUCCUUUGGAAUACAGAAGCACUGGAAGCGCUCUGGCCACAAGUUUCAGCCAUCUAUGCGGUUUUGUGAACGUUAAAACGGCUGCAGAUUUUCAAGACCACAUCGGAUUGUAUGGACUAUUUUGGUUAUACGCAGGAAUAUCAGUGCUAUGCCUUCUUUUCGUAGUCCUUUUCGUGCCUGAAACGAAAGGUCGAGAAAUUGAUGAAAUGGACCCAAAAUACGUCGAAUCCUUGUGUAUUAAUCGAUAGUAUUAAACGUAAUAGUAUUUGAAAUAGACUGAUACUUGUAAAUAGUUACAAUGGAGCCUUCACCAGUAUUAUAGUUAGUUUUAAGUUUUCUGUUGCCUCAUGUGCCUUAUCGAGUUCCUUCCAAAUGCAUCACAGUGUUCGUUUAGUUUGCUAUCUGAUGAAGGAGGAAGUUUUGGAAUUGCUUUAGUUGAAAAAGAAAGAGAAUGUUGAAUUAUUUUGUUGAACGUUGAUUGAAUUGUUAUUGUAAAGUAUAAUAUUAUAUUAGAUGAGCGUGUAAGCGUUAUAUCUGUUAAAAAUAUAAGCUGUAAGUUGGUUGUUAUAUUGAAAAAGCAAAGAGCGAAGUUUUAAAGUUAUUCGAGUUUAUAUACAUGUGUAGUAGUUAUAUUUUUAACUAAGAACGAAAAUACAUGAAAUUGUAAAACUUUUUAUACUUCCUCAAAUAAUUGAAUUGCCUUCAUUAGAUAGGUUGAGUGUCAGUGACAAUCCCGUAGUAUAGUUUUAUAUUUUUAUAAUUGUACGGCCAUAGUAUUGAAACACAAAUCUUAAUGCAAAUGUAUAUUUAAUAUAAUUAUCUUAAUAUAUAUAAAUCUCGUGUCACAAUGUUUGUCCUCGAUGGACUCCUAAACCACUUAACCGAUUAUA